ACGCAUCAGUUUCAGACACGCCUUGGAAGAAAACGGAAGUUCUUUGUUGGAAAAGACGCGCAGCUGAGGCUAACCGAGUCGUAAACAGUGGAUAAUUGUUACUUUCGAUCGUAUCAAGUCAAACUGUGCUCCUAACUUGAACCGUCAAUCAUGUCCGGUUCCUCCAACAUUGUGGCAAUGAAGAAAAUCGUCCAUCAGCUGCGCCUUGAAGCCGGGAUUACCAGAGUAAAGGUGUCCCAGGCUGCUGCUGACCUGCAGCAGUUCUGCCUCCAGAAUGCCCAGCAUGACCCGCUGCUCACUGGGAUGUCUUCCAGCAACAACCCGUUCAGACCACAGAAGGUGUGCUCCUUCCUAUAGCACCCAGGGAGCAACCCUGUCUCUGCCUCUGUUUCGGACAUCGGUGCCUUCUGGUUACAGGAUCCAUGGACUGGAAUCGUCUCAGGAGUAUUAAUUCAAUUUUGGGACAAACGAUUAACUUAAGGACUUUUUUGUCAUAACAUGCCUCUCUAAAAUCUAAUUCUGAAACAUUUUGUGUUAAGAGUAUUUAGGGGUCACGAUAGCUGUUUAAACCUAGAAGCUUUCAGAUAACAAAUCCAUAUCAACACAUGGCGUGCCUUUGAAUUGUGCCUUUGUAAAGACUGACUUUGGGAAAAAAUAAUAAACCUUAUUUCCACGUUUUUAACUUUAAAUAAAAGAAGCCAAUUAAAUGUG